GUAACUGUUCGUUAUGUCAGUUGCAUUCACGUGUAGGGCUUCGAGGUAUGUCUCUGUAUAAUAAAGUGUGAUUAUGUGUUUGAAAAAAUAGUUACCGUAAUUGUGCAAAAAUUCGCGUAGGUAAUUUGAUCGAUGAAAUGAAAAGUGGUGAAUUUUUGCGGAUGUGAUGGCUUGACAUCUAUCAGCAUAUGGAUAUAGAUCUAUAUAAUGAAUUACGUUCUAAUUUCAACGGUGCUCUUUUUACACGUGCUAAUUACUCAGACGACUGCCAAUGCUGACUGUAAUAAUAUCGAAACCAAUAAAUAUUAUUCUUUCUCUGGAGACGUAUACGUCGUUGGCUUUUUCGACGCCCACUAUGGAGAAAAUUGCACCGAUCAGAAUUCGCAUUCUUUGCAACAAAUGUACGAUGUGGCGGCGGUUGUUCGCGUGCUCAACAAAAUUAAAUAUGUGCCGGGAAUUUCUAUAGGUUUGUCUUUAUACGAUACGUGUACGUCGAAGGAAAUGGCCAUAAAAUCUUUUAUUUCAUCUUUAGUCGAUGCCGAUUGUAAUUUCACCUACAAUUUGGGAGCGCUUAGUACGAGUUCCGCUGCGUCGAUGAUUCGUAAUAUAACCGAUGUGAAAAAUAUACCAAUUUUUAGCUUGGACUUUAACCCGGAUACGAAUAUUUUAUUGGAAAUUACCGCUAAAUUACUAUUGGAAUUGGAAUUUUAUAAUAUCGAUUUGGUUAUAUUUCCGUCUGCCGAGUUGCUCGAUCGGUUUAAUAAUGUUACCAUGAAUAAGAACAUUUGUGUGAAAGAAUCGAAGCUAUUUUCACAUUAUCAAGGAUCAUGCCCAGGCAACAAUGAAAUUGUGGUCGUUGCGAUAACGUCUUCGGAAAUGAGCUUUUUAUUGAAAUUAGAAAUGGAUUGUUUAUCAACGUUCGUGAUAAUUAUUCUGGAAAAUGACAUUGAUUUAUCAUCAAUUACAGAAAACUUACUGCUGCACAACGUAUACCUGGUGAUCCCAUCGACCAUCUGGCCAGAAUUCGAUAUCUCAGUCGAAGACAACUUCGAAUCGAUUGUAUCGCUAAUCGAAGAAAACCUGUUGCACUCGAACGUCACCAUGAGCUUCAUCAGAACCGCAUCCACGGUGAUCUCAGUAGUCGAUCAUUUCAAAACAAAACUACUCGCAGAAUGUGCAGAAAACGCCACUCACCAGACAUUAUGUUCCAACUUGACGAAUUUCAAGAAACUAGACGAAAACCUCGUUUUACACCAAACCCAGAACGUUUCCGAUUUACUAGGAGUCGAUGAUCGUAACGUCUUGCACUUUUUAAUCCUACUAAUUAAUUUUAAUCACGUAGAAUCCUUCGCCAAAGUGAGAAUAGUAGGUAACGAAUUAUCGAUAGAUUUCGCAACCCCAACGACUCAUCUAGGAGUAAAUAUUUGCGAUUCGGAUAUAGAAAAUUGUAAAAACUGUUCCAAUUUUAUUGACUAUUUCAACGCCAAUAUUAGCGAUAUGAAUUUUACCCAGAUGUCAAACGCAGUCGAAUGUGUUCCGCUGAGGUUCAGAUCGAAUGGCUGGGUAUCUUCGGUGCUGACCGUUUGCAUUAUAGGUCUUAUAUCGUGUUUUUGCGUACUGGCAUUCAUCAUAAUGCGAAUAUACAAAGAGGAUAUCUUAGAAGGUAAUCCGUGUUCAACAUUUUUACUCAUAGUGGCCACCGUUUUAACGUAUUUAACGGUGAUACCGUUUUGCGUCGAGUUAUCCGAGAGAAAAGCACUCUGCGCUGUGAAACUUUUCAGCUCGAGUUUUUGCUACUGUACCAUUUUCUCUAUUAUAUUAUCUCGCGUACUUAUGAUUUUAACGUGCGACUACAAUGGUAGCUUUAUGAGCCAUAUAAACGGUUACUUGCAAAGUUUCUUGUGUUUUUUCAUGUUCGCCGUGCAAGUGGCGUUAAUAAUGGAAUUCUGGAUUUUCGGAUGGGUCCUCUCGGAUGUAGAUUAUUGCGCCAAAUUCAUGAAUACUAAUUUAUUCCUCUCGUACAUGAUGUACGAUACUUUUCUGCUCAUACUUAUCGCCUCGCUCGUACCGUUCAUUACCAAAAGCCGGAGAAAUUAUAAAGAAGGGCUCACUUUCACCGUGCUCACCGUGUGCUUUAUUAUAAUUUGGAUUUCGUGGAGUUUCGCCUAUCUGGUAGCCUCGCCGGAAUGGAAAGAUUUCUGCGUGGCUACCGGCCUGACUGCCACGGCUACUGCUAUCGUCGUGUGUAUAUUUAUACCCCGCACGUAUCUAAUUGUCACCGGGAUCGUUCGAGAUAGAAUUACAAGCGCUAUACCCACCACAGUUUCCAAUAUCGUCGAUAUGAAUUAUAGGUCUACUCAAGCUCUGUACGAUAGUGUGGAUUUAGAGAGGCAGAAAAGAGGCGAGCUCAAUAUGGGCUAUUACGAUGAUCCCAAUGGAUCCAGUUCUACGUCUAGACUAGAAGUAUCUGUGCCUCCUGCGAGGAGAAAAUCAAUCAUGUCUAUUCGAAGUCAAAGCAUGGAGAAUAAUUACGAAAGCUGUGAUAUACCCGAUUGUAAUCAAAAAAUUACUAAAUUUUAAGCCGACGAAACAAAAAGUUUUUCUGAAAAGAUCAGUUUUUUUUUUUUUUUAUAUUGGCAUAAUUAUUUCAACGAUUUUAUGUGUCUUUUUAUCAAUCGAGUUAGAAGAUCUUUAUUUAGAGGGCUUCCAUGUCAUUCGAAACUUCAUCUAUCAAAAAUCAUUCAUAAAUUCUCUUAGUAGGUACACAUAUAAGGAAGAGAAAGUUGUAGGGGAGAUAUUUCUCGUCAUAUUUUGAAUUUUUCCCUUCAGUUAAGGGAUUUAUUCUUUUUAUGGAUUUCUGACCAAAAUUUCGAUGUCUUCAAGAAAGAGGAAAGGGGUAUCACAGAUUGAAAAAAACCAAUAUUCCAAAAUAGCGCUUCAAAAAAGAUACUUACCUAACAAAUCAAAUAUGAGUGUGCAAGUCCAAGUCCAAUGAUAAUUUAUAGGAAUUCUUUUAUAAAUAUCCAUGAUUAUUGUCUUGAAUUGAGGAUCUCGACGAAGCUCUACGAUUUUUGUAGCUUCUUAUUUUUCCAAUUACCUAUUUAAUUUGACUCAAGAUCGUCAUUUUGAUAACGGGAAAAUGCAACCUUAUUUAUUUUUGAAGAAAAAACUGAAAACUUCAUUUUUUAAGUGAAAAUAAGAACUUCUUAAAACAAUGAAAGCUAUUGAACUUUUUUCUUUUUUUGAAAAAAAGUCUCUUCUGAAAAACCUUCUCGAAAAAAAACUUCGAUACAAGAAAAAAAAUCUCUCUCCAAAAAUUGUUUGUCGCGAAACAAAUUUCAAAAAUUAAAACUUCUAUUGAAUGAAACUUCUUAUUUGAGGUGGCUUCUUCUGUGAUAGGGACAACUAAACUUUUCUGAAGGAAUUUCUCCAAUCAAUUUUUUUUGAAAAAAAUCUUCGAGGGGGGGGGGGUAAGCUUCUUCAUAGGAAAAAACUUGUGGGAAAAUUCUGUUUUGUAAACAACUCAUUUUCGAUUUUCGACCUCAAUUUUUGAAAAAAAACAUAUUUGCUUUAGAAGAGGAAAGAGGUGUAGACUUUUUUCAGAAGGCCUUCGUUUUUAUCCUCACCACUGAUCCCCUACCCCCUCCUCUCUCUUGUCAAAUCUCCUCCGCAGUCAUUUGCGAAUCUAUUAGAAAGGGGGUUAUUACUCGUAUCUACUUACAUGAGAUUACCUCCAAGACUCCAAAAACCCAACCAUCUCAAAAUCCACAAAAAAAUCCUAAAAUUAAGGGCCGAUUCCGCAUACACGAUUGCAUACCCGGUCCGCCUGAUUUUCGAGUGUUGAGAUCUCGAGAUCUAUCCGACGAAAAUCGAUGAAAUUUGAAAUAUAGAUACUAUGAAGCAAUUAGAAAAAAAUGUCGGAUGGGAUUUUUAAUUACUUGAAUAGUUUUGGAAUUAUCAAUGAUUGAAAAGUGUUCAAAUUUCGUUCAUUUUCAAUUUCAAAUUCUGCGAAAAAUACUCAAUCAAAUGAAAAUCGCUUCCGACAUUUUCUUUUAAUUGUUUCAAAGUAUAUAUAUUUCAAAUUUCAUCUAAUUCUGUUCAGUAGAUCUCCAGAUCUGAAGAUGCAUGCUGAUAAGCAAGGUUUACACGCUGCUAGUUUAUUCAAUUCAAACUACCGCAAGUAACUUGAUUUUUUAUUUAAUUGACAGAUUAUCCAUUCUAUUUCACGAUGAAAAAUAAUAAAUACAGGUAAAUUCAUUUGAUCAGAGAUGAUCAAGUACUUAAAAGUGAAUGUACUUGAAUUAAGUAAACUUGCAACGUGUGAAUCUUAGUCAAGGAUUCUGCCUGCUGCUUAUGCAAUAAAGUAUGCGGAAUCGGCCCUUAAAAUAAAAACAUCGAAAAAUGGGUUUCAAUUGACCAAACAAAUUAUUUUUAAAAAUUAUGAAGAAAUGCACCAAAAAAAUUAUCUAAAAGUCACAUUCUGAAACUUGAUAAGCAUCCCUAAAUUGAAAACGAUCUCAAAAUCCACACAAAAAUUCAAUAACUUGUCGUAAGAUCAUCGAAAAGUAGAUUUCAAUUGACUAAAAAAGUCAUUCAAAGCCUAAAAGGCCACAAAAUCGUAAAAAAGUUCACAAGAAUCCGAAAAUGAAAAAUUUCUCUGAAAAAUCAGCCGGUAGAAACUUGAAAAUUUUCAUCAAAUUAAACGAAACCAAAGUCCCAAAAAAUCGAAAAUCGUCAUAAAAUCUUGCAAAAAAAUCAUAUCAAUCAACUAGGUAACCAGAAGUCGUUCAAAAGCAACAAAGUUGUAAAAAAUCUAUCAAAAUGAAAAAAUUUUUUUUGAAAAAUCAAUCAAGGACUGAUUGAAAAUUAUUCCUAGGUGGAUUAAAAACCAUCUCAAAAUCCACAAAAAAAAUCGAAUAAUAAUUGUCACAAGGUCAUCGAAAAAUCGAUUUCAACUGAUUAAAAAGUUAUUCAAACUUCAAAGGCCACAGAAUGGUAAAAAAGCUAACCAGAAUCCAAAAAAAAAUUUUUUCUAAAAAUCAAUCGGAGAAACUUUGAAAAUUUUCAUCAAAUGAAACGAAACAAAAAUAAAAUUUUGCUAAAAAUUCAUUUUUAAUUAAAUAAAAAGCAAUUUAAAAGCAACAGAGUUGUAAAAGAUCCAUCGAAACGAAAACUUGAAAAAAAAUCAAUCAAACACUGCUUAAAAAUUAUUCCUAAAUUAAAAACUAUCUCGAUAUUAAAAAAAAAAAUCAAUAAGCUAUCAUGAGAUUAUCAAAAAAUCGAUUUAGAUAGACUGAAAAAGUCAUCCAAAAGACGACAAAAUUGUGUAAAUGUCCUCCAAAAAUAAAAAAAGAAUUUUUUUCUUAGAUCGCAGAAUCUUGUAAAACGUUUCUAAAUACCUAAUAAGAAACCACUGCAAAAAAAAAUAAAAUUGAAAAUCGUCAUAUCACAUUAUCGUCGUAGCAUUAUCGAAAAAUCAUUCAAAUCGACUAGGUACCUAUCGACUGAGGAGCCACAUAUAUCAUUUAAAAUCCACAGAACUGUGAAAAAAUCCACCAAGAACUGAAAAUGAUUAGAUUUUGACUUGAUUUCAAGUAUUACUCGGGUUUUUCAACAUUCCAAUGCAUUUUUCACUUCAAAAAUUGGAAGUGGCCUUAUUAGGAACCAUGUGUUUUUGAUAUUCUAAUAAGGACACUUGAUUUAAAUUGAAAUGGGAGGGGUAAAUGGUAUCUGAGGAAAAAUUCAACUACGCCACUGUAAAAUAGAGGGUUGGAAAGUUACUUUCAUGAAGCUUUUGAAAGUUUUCAUAAACAUUAAAUACCCCAAAAAAUUGCUUAAAAUUAAGGUGGCCUUAUUAGGACCACCUAGCUUGAACUUACGCAGCGUUUUUUUCUGUACUUUAUUAGGUAUUAUACCUACUUAUUUUAGCUGAUUUGAAAGAAAAACAGCAUUUGGAACAAUGAAAUUCCAACUUAUAGAUAAGGAUGUACAAGCUACCUAAUAUUACCUUGGAAUUAUGUCUGGGUUUCACUAAAAACAAUUCUGAUUUAAACAUUGACAUGCGUUUGAUAUGGUAUUUUGAAAAUAUGUACGUAGGUAUACCAAAACCAUUUUCUAGUCUUUCCUUGUGGAAUACUUAAUACGUCAUGUCGACGUGUGACUGAUUAACGUUUCUUAAUUCUAUGUAUUGUCUUUCAAAUUAAAAAUUCGAGUGAAAUGUGAACUUAUACCUAUUUAUUGUUUAGGUGUCCCGUCAAUAUAAUUCAAUUAUACUUACCUAUCUAUCUAUAAGUUGAUUCGAUUUAUAUGAUUAUGAGUACUUGAUACUUACUUAAUUACGUAUCUGUAUCGUAUUCUUAUUUAUUCAACAUUGUGCAUUUGAUUAAUGUGUAAUUUUGUUUACCUACUUCUAGUCAAUCUGCUCUAGUCCUAAGUUAUUUCAACGUUUCAUAGAAUUUUGUAAUACUUGUAUGU